AUGGCACUCCGGUACCUGCUCUCCAGUGCGAUACUGGCUGUGGCAGCCGCACAAACAAACGAACGAGAUCCCAUCAACGACUUCUGUCGGCGGCAUCUGCAUCAGACAUGUGUGGUCGACAACAAGCUGUAUAUAGACGGCGGGAAGAUAUACUACGGGGGAUCCGUGGACAACGAGAGUGUCGCUGAGCAAAACACUCGACUCAUGUGGGAAAACGUCCUGGACACCAAGAAUGAAUACAAGUUCCCACCACAGUAUACCAAUCUGACAAAGGAUCCAGAUAUACCUUCCGUCAGCGGCGGGGUGCUAUGGCCCGACUCUAUCAAUAAACUGUUCUAUCUAUUUGGCGGAGAGUAUGACAACACAAACGACGUUCAGUCCUUCACCACAUUAUGGCUGUAUGACAUCCUCUACAACACAUGGAACCGCUCCAGUGCCUCCGAUGGCUCCUUGACAGGCAUAAAUUGGCCUGCUCUCGGCGCUGGCACCUUUACCGACGUGGGAGUUGCCUACUACUAUGGCGGGUACCUGACCAACCUGUCAAUGCCGAAAUGGACUGGUGAUCGUUUGAUGUUAAAUUCCUUAGUCUCGUUCAACAUGAACGCUCGAACCUGGCACAACAGCACGUCUGGUCAGACACCACGCGCCGAGGGAGCGCUCCAUUUCAUUCCCGCUUCUGCUGCGGGUAUGCUUGUGUACUUUGGAGGCGUGGAGAUGUCAAUCACCGCUAACGUGUUACAGGCCAACAUGAGCAACAUCCAGCUCUUCGACAUAGCUAACAACAGGUGGUCUACUCAGACCGCAGCCGGUGACGUUCCAUCGCCAAGACGCGGUGCCUGCGCAAACGUCAUCUGGGCCAAAGACAAGUCUUCAUACAACUUUUAUGUGUACGGCGGCAUCACCGACAACGAGCAAGCGGUCGAUGAACUGUACAUCCUCACUCUACCCUCGUUCCAAUGGACUCUAGUCUAUCCAGCAACCGUGCCGAACUAUGUUGGAGGCAAGGCCUGGAUGUCGUGCGACGUAAUACGAGACUCGCAGAUGCUCUUCGUCGGGGGACAAAUCCCAAACGCUUCGUUGCCAGAGUGCGAUGUGCCCAAAAUUGGUGGCCAGCACGGACUUCUACUUGGACAAGAGGCUGCUGAACAGGGUGCGUGGUGGCACGCGAUCCAGGACAACACGACGGGAUACAGAGUGCCUGACAAGAUCGUCUCACUCGUGGGCGGCAAUGUCGAUGGACAUGCCACCGCAACAGCCCCAGCAGCCGGCUUCGCAGUGCCCGACCUAUCCGUCUACUUUGGCACAACAGCUUCCGCAGCACCACGAACAGCAUCACGCAUCAUCCCAACAACAGCUCCAGCAACACCAACGAGCCGCCCAAAGUCCAAAUCACACACGGGCGCCAUAGCCGGCGGAGUCGUAGGUGGCGUAAUCGGCCUCGCCGCCCUCAUAGGCAUAAUAAUCCUGAUCCUACGCCGCAGACGCGCGAGCAACCAACCAGGCGCCGAGCCCAAUCGCGCCGAGCUCGCAAGCCAUCCAGCGCCGGAUCCGAACACACCCAAGACGGGCGGCGACUACUCGGUGCAGGGCAGCAGCGCGAUGCACUCGCCCAUGGCCGAGGCUCCGGCGUACUCGCCACACGGCUGGGCCGGCGAGCAGCACGCGCGCCACCACCAGGGCCUGCCGCCUCAGCACACCGCGUACAGUCCAUCGCAGCCCUACUAUCCCCCGCCAUCGGAUCCUUUGCAGACACAUACGAAACACGUGGAUACGACGCACGAGCUGCCGAGCUCUGCGACGCCGGCGCUUUCUGAAUUGCCGCUCCUGCAUAGUCCGGCGCCGAAACGAGCGGGCUUGUAG